GGUGCCGAGGCGAGGCGCAGCUUCGCAAUUACCGCGGAAAGGAGAGGGGAAAAAAUGAUUAAUCUGGCAAAGGCGAAUUUGUGUUCGGGAUGAGACCGCUCUGACAUCCAUCGGACCAUAACGAAAGCCACAGGCGGACAAAAUUAAUGCACAGGACAUUGAAAUAAAGCCGAUGCCCCACCUUUGCAGGUGGUGCUUGUAUAAUCGCGCAGGGUCUUGUCACUUGUCUUUGCUGCCUGAUCUGCGCGUCGUUUCAGCACUGGACAGCGACCGGGACCAUCGGACACUGAAUACACACAGGCAAUCUUGAGGCGGGUCGGUCCGACCCUUGCUUGGCUCGGGGCAAUGUGCGGCUAGAUGACUUCACUACAUCAACAAGCACCGCGGUAUCCUGGACUAAUAUAGCAGCGCCACAUCCCCCCCUCACCCCCUUCUCUCCGUUCGCUGAUCCCGAGUUCCUCCGUCUAAAGGCACCAUGGGAAACCGUGGCAUGGAGGACCUGAUCCCGCUGGUCAACCGGCUGCAGGACGCCUUCAGCUCCAUCGGCCAGGCCUGCAACCUGGACCUGCCGCAAAUCGCGGUGGUCGGUGGCCAGAGCGCAGGGAAAAGCUCCGUACUAGAGAACUUUGUGGGCAGGGACUUCUUGCCCCGUGGAUCUGGUAUUGUCACCCGCAGGCCCCUGGUUCUGCAGCUUAUCAGUGCCAAUGCAGAAUGGGCUGAAUUCCUACACUGCAAAGGGAAGAAGUUCACAGAAUUUGAUGAGGUCCGUCAGGAGAUCGAGGCAGAGACCGACCGUGUCACGGGGGCCAACAAAGGCAUAUCUCCUGUCCCCAUCAACCUGCGGGUUUACUCCCCUCACGUGUUGAACCUGACUCUCAUCGAUCUGCCGGGGAUCACCAAGGUGCCGGUUGGUGACCAGCCUGCUGACAUCGAGCAGCAGAUCAGGGAGAUGAUCAUGCAGUUCAUCACCAGAGAGAGCUGCUUGAUCCUGGCCGUCACACCAGCUAACACUGACCUGGCCAACUCCGAUGCCCUUAAACUGGCAAAGGACGUUGAUCCCCAGGGUCUGAGGACUAUCGGCGUCAUCACCAAGCUAGAUUUGAUGGACGAGGGCACGGACGCCCGAGAUGUGUUGGAGAACAAGCUGCUGCCGCUGCGCAGAGGUUAUAUUGGGGUGGUGAAUCGCAGUCAAAAGGACAUUGAUGGGAAGAAAGAUAUCAAGGCAGCCUUGGAAGGGGAGAGGAAGUUCUUCUUGUCCCACCCUGCGUACAGGCACAUGGCUGAAAAAAUGGGCACCCCGCGCCUGCAGAAAGUGCUCAACCAGCAACUGACCAACCACAUCCGGGACACGCUGCCAGCGUUCCGCAGCAAGCUGCAGUCCCAACUGUUGGCCCUGGACAAGGAGGCCGAAGAAUACCGGGGAUACCGACCUGAUGACCCGUCCCGCAAGACCAAGCAGCUGUUGCAGAUGGUGCAGCAGUUCUCUGUGGACUUUGAGAAGAGGAUUGAAGGGUCAGGAGACCAGGUGGACACAGUGGAGCUGUCCGGUGGAGCUAAAAUCAACCGCAUCUUUCAUGAGCGUUUCCCCUUUGAGCUGGUCAAGAUGGAGUGUGAUGAGAAGGAGAUGCGCCGAGAGAUCAGCUAUGCUAUAAAGAACAUCCAUGGUAUCAGGACUGGGCUGUUCACCCCAGACAUGGCAUUUGAGGCCAUUGUGAAGAAGCAGAUUGUUAAGCUUAAGGAGCCCUGCAUCAAGUGCGUGGACAUGGUCAUCCAGGAACUGAUUAACACCGUGCGCCAGUGCUCCAACAAGCUGGAGUGCUUCCCCAGGCUGCGCGAAGAAACCGAGAGAAUUGUGACCGCUCAUAUCCGGGACAGAGAGAGUCGGGCCAAAGACCAGGUUUUGCUGCUGAUUGAUGUUCAGCUCUCUUACAUCAACACUAACCACGAGGACUUCAUCGGCUUUGCUAAUGCACAGCAGAGGAGCAGUCAGACUAAUAAGAGCCAGAGUUCAGCAGGAAAUCAGGUCAUCCGCAAAGGCUGGCUGACCAUCAACAACAUCAGCAUCAUCAAGGGUGGAGCCAAAGAGUAUUGGUUUGUGCUGACCGCUGAGAGCCUGUCUUGGUUCAAGGACGAUGAGGAGAAGGAGAAGAAAUACAUGCUCCCCCUGGACAACCUGAAGGUCCGCGAUGUUGAGAAGAGUUUCAUGUCCAGCAAGCACAUAUUCUCCAUUUUCAAUACAGAGUCAAGGAAUGUGUACAAGGACAAUCGCACCCUGGAGUUGGCCUGUGACUCUCAGGACGAUGUGGACAGCUGGAAGUCCUCUCUCCUGCGUGCUGGGGUAUACCCUGAGAAGACUGCCACGGUUGAGAGUGAGACCUCCAACACCUCAGAGAACUUUUCCAUGGACCCUCAGCUGGAGCGUAAAGUGGAGACCAUCCGUAAUCUGGUGGAUUCCUACAUGGCGAUUGUCAACAAAUGCACGGACCUCAUGCCCAAGACCAUCAUGCACCUCAUGAUCAACAAUGUGAAGGACUUCAUCAAUGCGGAGCUGUUGGCUCAGUUGUACUCUGCAGGUGACCAGAACGCUCUGAUGGACGAAUCCCAGGAGCAGGCCCAGAGGAGGGACGAGGUUCUGAGGACCCACCACGCACUGAAGGAGGCCCUGGCCAUAAUUGGAGACAUAUCCACCACCACCAUCUCCACCCCACUGCCUCCGCCAGUCGACAACUCCUGGGUGGGCGGAUCCAGUGGUGGCCGCAGGUCUCCCCCACCCAGCCCCACUGCCCCCAGGAGGAUGUCCUCAGGCCAGCGUCCGGCUCCUAGAGGGGCCCCGCCACCCCCGAACCGCCCAGGACCCCUUGGGCCCUUCAAUAAUAGCGCGACAGCCCCCAGGCUCCCCAGCCGCCCCAACAGGGCCCCCCCUAGUAUCCCUAGUCGGCGGCCCCCACCAUCUCCUACAAGACAAGCCCCACCAUAAUCAUCUCAUGGGGUUCUUCAUAUCUCAUUGGCUUAGGCCUCCACUCACCUCUCACUCUCCCUCAUCCAUUCCCUCUCUCUUAGCCAUGGCUCUGCUACCCCCCAAUUUCUUCUUAGUGCAGACACUGAAGUCUUUACCCUCUGACCCUUGGUUUCCUGCCAGGUGACGAUGUCCAUAUAUCUAUGUACAGUAUGGUACUUGUCUUGUGGUGUACGUGUAUGUGCGCUUGUUGCUCGCCAUUCCCACUUGCUGCUUAUACAUAAAAAUACACUCAGCAGUGGCACUGCCCUACUCAUUCCAAAAUGCAGCAUGGCACAUAAGCUGCUUUUAUUGCAUGUGAGUGUGUGUAUGUAGAGUGUGUGUUUGUGUGUGUGUGUGUGCGUGUGUGUAUGUGUCUGGGGGGAGGGACUAAUUUGCCUAUAUGUAGGCUAAGUUUGUUUUAGUAUUGUAUUAUUUAUUGUACAUUGCCCCAUAAGUGUUCAUUAUCUGCUUGAUGUUCUCCUAGGAACAGAAGUUGUAUCUUAGUAUGUGUGUGUGUGUAUAUGCGUGUGUUGUGUGUGUAUGUGUGAGUCAUACUGUGCGUGUAUGAGUGUGCAAGGACAUGUGUGCAUGUGCCGUCUGUCUGCACGUUUGUUGGCGUUUCAGUUGUGUUUGUUUUCAUGGUCAAAGCUGUUAAUAAUGAAUCAUCAACCCUUGGGGGUAAUUUAAUGUUGGACUUUUUGUGAGUUGUUCCUGUGAUGUAGUAGCAGCCAUACACACAUAGCAAGGCUGAGGAGCACUUUCAGUAUUCUCUAUAUGGAAACAGCCUCAAUAAUGCGUUUAACCUUGUCAUAGGUGUCCACCUGUGCUGUAUCAAUGGUCAAAUUGUGACCCUCGCAGCCUUAAGCUCCGAUUCAGAUGCUGACCGGUAAGAUGGAUGGGAUUGCCACUUAAAAAUAAAUGUCAAUAAUGCUGAUUAACAUGGCAAAACACAAGUCCCUCUAUGAGCGAUCAAAGUACAAGCACUGAGACAUUUCCAUUUAGUCUUUUCCUCAGGUUUGAAACAUCCAUAUCCAUGCACAUCAAAAAACCAGCACUCUUUCCCCUCUACUGAAAUCCCCUGCUCUCUGUCCCCUCUUCAGUUCUCACUACCACUUCGGCCAGUCAGUCAGCAUCGGUGUCGGAGCUUAAGGUGGUAUUGUCAAUGUUCAAGUGCUCUCUGUCAGUUUGUUAUCGUGUACGUGGGCCUAAACUGUGUUCUGAUGUAUAUAGGUAAUGAUAAGGAGGUACUGUACCUGUGGACUAUAAUGACCUCAUCAAGGAUCUAGCGCUUUAAUUGUUCUCUACGUCUCUAUUCACUAAAUGCUCUCUUCUCUCUAAUUUAGAUUGCCUUAAUGGCAUGAAUAACAAUUCUGUAUUGCCAAAGCUAUUGUAGAAAGAGAAUUACAGUUAAAAUAUCCAGCUGAAGACAACAGCAACAACACCAACCAUGGUUCCUGUAGUAGUGAGAUGGCAUUGUUUAGCAGAGGGCAUAACGUUUAAUGGGGAAUUGCAUCAGUUGUUAUUUCUGUGUCUCUGUAUCGCUCCUCAAUAAACUUCUUCCUCAUACGUC